CCAUCGCCAUGAGCCGGACCACCUUCUUUGAGGUGGAGGUUCUCGAUGCCAAGACAAGGGAGCAGCUUUGUUUUUUAGAUAAGGUGGAGCCCCACUCGACAGUAGGAGACAUAAAGAGCCUUUUUCACAAAUCGUAUCCUCAUUGGUAUCCAGCAAGACAGGCCCUGAAGCUUGAUCCAAAGGGGAAAUUACUCAGAGAUGAUGAAAUCUUACAGAAUCUACCAGUGGGGACCACGGCCACCAUGUACUUCAGAGAUCUUGGUCCACAGUUAGGUUGGACUAUGGUGUUUCUUGCAGAGUAUAUUGGGCCCCUUCUGAGCUACCUUCUCUUCUAUUUUCGAAUACCCUACAUUUACUCAAACAGAUAUGCACUUACCUCCACCCCCCAUCCUGUUGUUACACUAGCCUGUGUCUGUCAUACCGUCCACUACACGAAAAGGUUGAUAGAGACAAUCUUUGUGCAUCGUUUCUCACAUGGGACUAUGCCUCUCAGGACUAUAGUCAAGAACUGUGCCUAUUACUGGGGUUUCUCAGCAUGGCUGGCCUACUAUAUCAACCACCCUCUCUAUACACCUCCAUCAUACGGAGAACUGCAAGUCAAUUAUGCACUAGUUCUAUUUGUGAUGUGUGAAAUUGGCAACUUCUCCAUUCACCUGGCUCUGAAUAAUCUCAGGGGAGAUGGACCCAAGAGUAGAAGAUUUCCUGUGCCAAAUAAGAACCCCUUCACCUGGCUAUUUUUCUUUGUAUCCUGCCCCAACUACACAUACGAGGUUGGAGCUUGGGUGAGCUUUUCAAUCAUGACCCAGUGUCUGCCAGUGGCAUUUUAUACAUUACUGGGGUUUAUUCAGAUGACCGUCUGGGCCAAAGGAAAGCACAGAGCCUACAUCAGGGAAUUUAAGGACUAUCCCAGUCUUCGGGUGGCUAUUAUCCCUCUGAUUCUCUGA